GAAAAGCUGGAAAUUCGAUCAAGAUACUUCAAGCACCGCCCACAGUCCACUGGUUAAAUACGCUACCGUGUGAUCCUGUCUGGAAGAUCGUGGAUUUAACGCCAGUACAACCGCAAGGAAAGCGACGCUAUGACGUUCCUUUACAGUUUCUUCAUCGUUGCUCUGAUGACUUGUUCGGUAGCUUCUACAUCACAUGGACAUGGCUUCAGGGUCAGAGGACGCUGCGAGCCUGUGCCACCUUUCUGCCAGAACUUGACAAACGGCGGUAGCUACUCUUACAUGCGACUCCCAAAUGUUUUUAACAAUUUUCAACUCUCGGAAACUGUCGAGGCGAUCAUGCCCUGGGCCCCUCUCGUCGGAAAGUGCCAUUCUGGCCUUAAGAUGUUCCUGUGCGCCAUUUACGCGCCGAUUUGCCUGUAUGAUAAAGAGAAAGGAGACUAUGUCAACAUCAAGCUGUGCAAGUCGUUUUGUGAGAGCGUGAGAAAGAGCUGCGAGCCCGUGAUGAGUAGUUAUAAUUAUACAUGGCCAAGUCACGAUGCCUUCAAUUGCACGGGGUACAUGGACAAUCUUAUGUGCGUUCGAGAAGACUUCGUUUCGACCCCAAAGCCUCCUCCUCCAGGUACCUUUUUACAAUUUGAGAUCGGGAUUGACGUAUAAUAAUACGCUUUACGUCUUUCAUGUGUUUAUUUAAACCUAGGUGAUUUAAAACAUUGAAGGCUGUACAACACCGGGCACAAAUGACCACUAUAUUUAGACACAAGAUUUGAAGUAUUCUCUUUUCUAGAGAACAAUCUCUGAAACUAUGGUAGUUUGGCUAUCGUAAGGGGGGGGGAGAACUCGUCAGAUUUAGCUACAAAAUAGAUUGUUUUGUGCCAAUCUGUUUUUCACCAACCAACCCAUUGCUAAAUAUAGAGGUGCUUACGGAAAGGGAGCGAAGCAACGGAAGUCAGAGGAACAUUUUCCGUUGAAUCCAUCUCUUAAGUAUUUCCUACCAAUAUAUCUUUUUCAUCUUUUUUUUUCAGUCAAAGACGUGAUUUGUGACCCAGAUUUAAACAACGAUGCUGUCCUUCAGAAUAAAGCUUGUACGAGUGACUUGGGUGAGAAUUGCUAAUGACUUUGUCAUAUUAAUAAAAACACGUAUACAAAAUCUUUUGGGGACAUUCCAGAUUUUGGUUUCUCUACGGUAGUUUUAGUCAAAAUGUACGACAUGUAAAAAUCGAAAAUCAUGAAAUAAGUUGUUCUAGCACACUUGAGUGUCGGGAGCGUAAAGUUAUGCAAAAUUUUUCGCCUUAGACGUGACUCGGAUAUUUUUAUUAUGGAAAGUAAUUUGAAAAAGGCCAGUGAGUCAUUAAGCUGAAAAGUGUGUAGCAAAGGUUGGAAAAUUUGUCGCCUCGAGCCUUUGAAUAGGUGUCAACGGUUAUACAAGUGUUAGCGUAUUUUUAACGCUAUGCAAAUGUCUCAGACCACCAAAUGUGAUUCUGUAUUACGCCACUUUGCAAAUCCGUCCCGUAUCUGGAUGGUUCACUUCAGCGAAACCGCAACCGUUUGAAAAGUUUCAUUUUCGCCUCAGCCCCAGAAAUAUCUGCCAUGAUUGCGCAUUUCGAUGUGUUAUCGCAAUUUCUCGACGCUUUGUAGGACCGGUUCACGUAAUUUCUGAAUUCUCUAUAAAUCAUCACAGGUAAUUAACAUGACAGGGGCCUUUCAUUUGAGAAAUUUCACAUUAUAAUUAGCGACGCUCUCGAAAAUGUGCCUCGAGCUUUCUGUGCGAAAACAGCCGUCUGGGGUUAAGUUAAAUUUAAAAGGUGAAGCGAGAUUUCUUGCAAAUCUAUCGUGAUGUGUUUUGACUACGUACUUCAGUGCGCGCCGAAAAUGAGCAGUGAUUGAUUAGUAAUUAGCUAAAGUGAACGGCAUUUACGUCGUAUGAACGUAUUUAUUACACGUCUGUCAUCUUGGCAGAUUCCUUAACACGCUAUCCAAUUAAAAUUGAACCCAAUGUCUGAUCAAACCUAAAACCAUUGAUUUACAACGUAGAGAAUUGCAAACAAAAAAAAUCGUUUUGCAUGCCUCUGUUCUACAUUUCCUAGUUCAUUCGAAUCUCUUUUUGGGAGAGAACGAUUCUAACCGGAGCUUUUAUAUCUAUCUGUGAGAAUUAAAGGCUUUGUUCUUAGCCAUUACCGAACGCCCGUAAUACAUCUGACUUCGACCCCGAGGACGUUUGAAUUAAUUUUUUGCUGAUAAAGUUUGCACCAUAAGACCAGAUAAGAAUUUUAUAUUUAAAAGCUUAAUGAUGUAAUAAACCAUCAAAUGUUUCAAAUUGGGUAGAAUAGGUUUGAACUGGUUGUGAUGUUCAAAGUUUGUGUGGAGGAGUCGAGAAAGUGAUUAGUGAGUUUACUGACCCCGGCAGCCGCUCAUUAUCGGCCACCAUAUCUCACCGUUAAACCUUUUAACAGUCGAGGUUUUGCAGAUAAAUACUACUCACAUCAAUUCGGUGUCUGAAACGGCAGAGAUAAGAGUGAUACGGGCAGGAGUUUUGUACCACCUCAAAGAACUGCGACCUAUCAUUUGAUAAGCAACAGGCAUAGAAAAACACUUAUAUUUCGAAUUUGAUAACCUUCGCCAAUAGGAGGUGAAUGUAAGUCACUUACCUGCCCAAACAUUUAUUUAAUACACAAUUUUCAUUGGUAUGAAUUUGAAUGAUUCUUCUUCUCUCAAAAACCGUGUUGGCACUUAACCAAGGCGUUGAAAUAGGCAAAAGUUUAAUAAAAGUUCAGGUCCAGAAUCGAAAGGGCCGAUUUCGAUUUUAAAGCUGUGCGAUGAAGUUGUCCUAGCAACGUAAAACUGCUUAGUACAAUAUGUUAUAUCUGAUUUGUGUGGCAAACAAAAUUUAAUAAGAUCAAAAUUGGUUUAAGUUUAAUGAUCAAGGAAAAAGGAUAAGCUCACAAAUGAGAUCCAUUCGGUGAUCUAACUAAGUGGAUGAGCUGAUGGUCGCAAUUAUCAAAUUAAUUCUCGAAAAACUGUUGUCUUUGUAUGCUAUUCUUUCACCUCAACUCCAUUUCAGUGUCAUCAUAGUUGGCCCCAAGGUCUAGAAAUAUCGAAGCGGUUCACCUUGUAAUUAGAAUGAUGACAAUCUGUGGAUAGCAGAACUAGACCUGAAGCAUAUACCGCUAAAUACCAAUCGCUUGUCCCUACUUCGGACGAAGUGUUUUAAAAACCUAAAAAGUAAUGCAAUAAACCGCUUGAAAAUGACUAAGAAAUAAACGCUUCGUUUAGCCCAUACGCAUCAAAUGAUUUUACAAAAGAUAACACUAGAUUGCCACAGGUAUAGACAUUCAUCCCGUUACGGGGAGUACAGCUUAAAAUGACUUGCUUUAUCCAGAUUCAUAAUGCUAGAUCUUAUUAGAUUUUGGUGUUAUCUCUAGUCAGUUAAGCUUGAAAAUAGGUUGCAGUUGCCAAGGUCAAAAGAAGGUCGUCGGAGACUUAAAGAGAAAUGAUAAAAGCAUAAAAUCUGAUUUAAAUUUAUCUUAUAUAUUGUUUUGCUAAGAUCAAUUAAGAUUGGACAGAAGAGAUGAGUGUUGUCUUCGCAUUCAUGGGACACGAAGAUCACUCUAGCUAAAGCUAAAAUUUCCUCGUGGCUAAAAAAGAAAAUACUUUGCAAUGUUUGUAAAUUACCACCCACGUCUGUCUUAAGCUAUUGAGCUUUACUUUCCAGACAUCCACUGUGCCCUCAAGAUCUGAUGGAUUUCCAAGACCCCCGAAGCUAACCACGAACUUACCCCAAUGCAAACACAAUCAAAUUUAUGUCUUAAAUUCAAAGUUUUUUUCUUUUUUCUUUCUUUUUCUUGUUUCCUUAUUUUGUUUUUGAUUUUUUUAGUCAAAUUGUAGCUUUAAAUUCUGGCUACGUGGCCUUAUCUAUCACCAUUUUCUGAUGAAAAUUGUUACAUUUGAUUGAAUUUAACUGUUAAGACAAACUAGGAAAUGCAUCUACUGCGGGUGAAUCAGAGGGUGAAAGCACAGAGAAGAUUGAUGAGUAGAAUGCCGAAGGAAGACUUCAAAGAAUAUUAUUAAGAGAUACAAAACCGCCCCUCUAUCUAGAAAGCUCUCAAACUUGCUAUUUGUUUUUUCAACGCAGUUAUUCGCGCAGAGGUGUUGGGAACACGAGAAUCAAAAGGUGACAGCUCCUAUACUUUGAUCAAAAUCAAGAGGCACAAGAAAUCUGCCAGGCAAGGAUCCCGCAGCCAGAGAAAGACGAAGAAAGCUGUCGAAAGCGUCGACCGUGUACUGCUACCAAGAAAAGGCUGCAAGAACGUGGCGGGAAGAGUGAAGAAAGAGGUUACACAUUUGAUAAUACUCGACAGGAAAAUAGGAAAGAAGAUAAAGUACAUCGUAAAGGCCAUUGUGCCAUGGAAGUCCAAGCGACAUAGAAAAAUCAUGAGGCAGAGAGGCAACUGCAAAUAACUGAGCAAUUUCCAGAAAGUUCGUGUGGAUAAAAUUUGACAAAUUCAGGACUCAUUCUCGAACAAAUCUUCUUCCUACAGACUGAAACUAGAUUCAAUGUUUUGAUUCUGUUUGCUUGGGAUAUUUUUGACCAAAUACAAGAGGAAGUUUUAAUGUUUUGGCCUUUAAGGACUUGUCAGUGACCAGAUAUUUAUCUACACGACUGAGAAAUUUCGCCGAAUGUGUAACUGGGUUAAGAAAUCCUGUAGUUUUUCAGACACCCACGAUUCUCAGUUCAUUAGAAGAGUAGUUUUUAAUUAAAAGGCUUCUGGCAGAGAACAAUAAGCCUUUUUGCUCUCGAAUGAUUACAUUUUAAACCUUUUUUAAAAUAAUUUGAACCUAUUUCAAUACAACUUGUAAUAGACAAUCCAAUAUAUCUAAUGAAGUGGACUUGUCGCCGUAAACGUGCUUUUGCUAAAUUUGAUGAUGUACUGUUGGAAUGCUUGAUAUGCUUUGUAUUCGAAUUUUUUUUCUGUAGUCGUUGAACCAUUGAUAUGUGCCUACGUUGUGCACCGCGUAAAAUUCGUGUUACUUUGUGAGAUUUUUAACUGUCACGUUUAGUUAUCAGUUCAAUUAUAUGAAAAAGAGGCAUACUACGUCAUGUAAGUUAACCCAAACAUCCUCGGUAAAGUCACCAAGCGCUUGUCUCUGCGAGGGCUAUGGUUGGCAAUGUCGUAAUUUACUUCAUAAGUUUAUCGUCCAGUAAAGAAAACAUAGCAUUUAUCGCACAGUAGAUAAAUUAGUUAUUUUGUAUGUAAUUUGUAAGCACGUGGUGCUAAAGCCUUCUAGUACUAAAGGCACUUUUAUCCAUAAAUUAAUAUAACCAUUUAGAGAAAGACAUUGUCUUAUCGCUUGUGGUCACCUGGGUGACGGAUAAUGCGCACAGGCGAGGGGAAAAACUGGGAGCCCAAAGCAUAACAGGGAUUUUAAUGGGAGUCGGUUCCCGGCGGUGUACCGCAGCCGUUAAGACCGCCCACCGCCGUCUGUUUAGCCCACGAGGGUGCUUCGUGUUUGGGUGUAGCUUUUUGGCUCUUUUGCAGGCACAGCCGCCUAUUACAACAACCGAAAACACUUAUGGAAAAGUCACUGAAACCACUGCAUAAUAGCUGGUCAUAAGACUCUGCGCUCUCUGUUUUCUUCAAAAAUACCACAUUUCUCUCUGAAGUUGAGAUUUAGGCUGAUAUUAAGCAGGUUAAAACGUAAAUUGAAACUUAAUCUAUUUCCUCUAUCUUUGACGAAGAGAAGUCCACGUUUAAAUUGUUUCGGAUCAUAUUUAAUGACAUUGGUUGGAGUUUCUUCACUAAGCCAAAAGGCUGUGUUGAAACAAAAACAGCGUUCAGAAACAUUCAGCGGCCUUGUUGUGCACAGUUCCAAUAGAAUGAUUACUUUAUGAUUGGCUCGAGGCUUACCGUAGCAUGCCCUUUGGAGAUUACCGUAAUUUUUUCAAAAGAUUGUUUUACAGUAGAUACCCGAAAUAGUGCCCAUGCGCAUUACGAUAGGCCAAGGGCGCGAAUUGAAUUUUCGAAAUCGUGGCCAGAAUUAAUCAGUUUCUGUGUUAUAGCUAUUGCGUGGAUAAAAAUAAAAGCUGGAGUCAUUGUUUUAAAGCUGGCCCAAAAGUUUUUAAGCG